AUGGAACAUCAACGUGACAGAGCCUCCAGCUCCAUUAACUGUCCACCAUUAUUUGAUGGAGAAGAUUACUCACAAUGGAAGAUUAUGAUGAGGGCAUUUCUCUACUCUCAAGAUGAAAAUAUGUGGAAUAUAGUAGAAAUUGGUUGGGAACAUCCAACCAUGGCAGAAGACUCCAAGAAAGAAGAAGUGAGUUCUGCAAGAAUUCCUAAGCCUAGAAAGGAAUGGACAAAGGAGGAGGUUCAUGACAGAAAUUGUGAUUUCAAGGCACGAAAUUCAUUAUUCACAGCUCUAUCCAAGAAGGAGAGAAUGAGAAUCAGCCACUGUGACACUGCCAAACAAGCAUGGGAUCUUCUCCAAGUCACCUAUGAAGGUAAUAAAAAGGUUAGAGGGCAGAAACUUCAACGACUAGUUUUGGAAUUUGAGAAUAUGUCAAUGACUGAAGAUGAAUCAAUCGACGACUUUCAUGCUCGGCUUCUCAAUGUGACAAGUCAAUGUCGGAGCUUGGAUGAUCCAUUUGAGGAGCACCGAAUUGUCAAGAAGCUUCUUAGGUCUCUUCCUUCAAAAUUCCAGGCCAAACAGAUUGCCAUUGAGGAGGCUCAGGAUCUAGAUACCUACACUCUUGACGAACUGGUGGGAAAUCUCAAAACUUUUGAGAUGAGACUCAAACCGGAUAAAAAGGUAAAAGAUGUUGCUUUUUCUUCCAUUAAUGAUAAAGAUGAUAUUGUUGAUGAUUCUAUGGAUUUAACUUUGUUGACAAAAGAGUUUAAAAAUUUUCUGAAUGAUAAAAACUCAUUUGGAAACACCUCAAGAAACUUUUCUGACACAAAGAGAGGUCAAGAAUUUGAGAAUCGUUUUGAUAAAAAUUCAAAGUUUGCCAAAUUUGCUCAAAAGAAAAGUUUUCCUGACAAACCUAAAUGCUAUGAAUGUGGUGGAAUUGGACAUUUUGCUGCUAACUGUGGUAACAGGAGAUAUAAUUCACGUGGCGACAAAGCUUUAAAAUCCACAUGGAGUGAUAGUGAUGAAGGAUCUCAAUCGGAUUCUGAAGAGGUAAAUCUUGCUCUUACUUCUUCCCUUAAUAUUGAUUUAUCCGAUGAGUCUGAUAUUGAAGUUGAAGCUUUUGAUGAGGAGACGAAUGAAAAGUAUAAGCAAUUGUACAAUGCUUCAAAAAUUGUUCUUAAGAAAAAUUUCAAACUUAAGGAAGAAAUUGAGUCAUUAAGAAAAGAAAAAAAUGAAUCUGAGCUAAAUUUUGAUUCUUGCUUGAAAGAAUGGGAAGAAGAGCGUACUGACCUUGUUGAUAAGAUUAAAGUUUUGCAGGGUGAGGUCAAGUCUCAAGAUUGGGACAAGGAACAUGAUGAUCUUAUUAACAAGAUCAAAAUCUUGCAGGUUGAAGUUAAGGCUCAGUCUACUCUAAAUAUUUCACUAACAUUUGAAAAUGAAAAAUUGCAGGAUGAGCUAUCUAAAGUCAGGAAAGCUUCAACAAAUUCUCUAUAG